AUGCCAAAAUCUGUAUGCUGUAUUAAGGGGCAUGCAUGGAUUCGGGAAGUGGGAGAGGCGCAUCGAGGGGGCGAUGAGACAUGUAUGGAACUGAAAGCAGAGGAGGAGGAGGAGGAGGAGGAGGAGGAGGGGGAGGAGGAGGAGGAGGAGGAGGAGGAGGAGGAGGAGGAGGAGGAGGAGGAGGAGGAGGAGGAGGAGGAGGAGGAGGAGGAGGAGGAGGAGCGGGAUGAGGAAGAAGGAGAAUCAUAUCCCCUCCUCACCAUUUCAACGUGA